AUGACCUACCAAAAUGAUCAGAUAUCUAAAAUACACCACCACCGUUUGCCUAGAAGAGAAAGCCAAUAUCCCCCUCAUCCCCCUGUAAGGAAACCAUCCUUUACUUCAUCACGGAAUUAUCCCUUUAAUCGGUCACAAGCUGUCAGUAAAUAUCACAAUUACCAAACUCAACCAAGACACUUACCCCAUCAUCAGCACAAGUCACCCCCAGUUGUACACAAUACCAUCAAUCACACUAACAAUAUUCAUCACUCUCCUGGUCUAUACCAGAAUGAAAGGAAUAUUACACCAAAAAUCCAAAGACCAAG